AUGGGCCAGGUAUUUUCUUGCUGCUUCCGCUUCGCCGACAUCGAGUACGAGGAUGACCCUCGCCCGAAGUAUCAAUACGUCUGGAACGGACAAACUUGGUUCCUCUACGAUACUUUUUUGGUGGGCUUCGCAAGCUUGCAUUCCAAGUCGCCAAAACACCAUAGGCGGGUACACUUCAGCGAUUCCGAGUCCCCUCCCGCAUCUCAUCAUCGCGCAACUCCCGUCAGGAGAGAAACCCUGUCGGCGAUUCCUCGUCACGGCCAGCCUGCAGAGUCGCCUACGAGAGACGCGCGGCAAGAUUCAAUAAUGGAAGCUCCGGGAACUCCGUAUCUACAGCCCCCGACGGUCCCCCAGACGGCCCCCCCGCAGAAUCUCCCCUCUCAACCUCCCCAUCCAAUUCCGACGGUGGCCCAAACGGGCCAGCAAGUUUUCGGAAAUUAUCCCCCUGGCUUCCAGCCAUCACUAGUUCCUCAUGACCCGCAAGCCCCUUAUCCUCACGGAUUUCCUACCUUUCCCGCCAUAGCAGGCCAGCAUCCAAUUGCGCCUCCUCCCGGCUUUGUUCCUGGCCUUGUCCCCGGUUUCGUCCCUCCUCAGCCACCGCCCCAGGAGCAUCGAGGACCUACGGGAGUAGGCGUAAACUUUCAGCCCCAGGUUCCCGACACCAACAUGGGACCCCAGAUGCAUCUCUAUACCCCCAGAUACGACGGGCUCCCUCCUGGGGCUGUCUGGGGCCAUCACGGCUUCCACCAGGCUGCUGCCCAAUCAUAUCCCCAGCAUCUCCCUCAGGCAUACCCCCAGGCUCAAGCUCAGCAAUACCACCCAUACCAGCUCUAUGCUCAAAUGCACCAGGGGAAUCCCGUUGGGGAUCCUCGCAUGCAUUGGAACCAGGUGCUGCCACAGCAACCCGUUUUCCAAGGACCUGACCCCGUGGCCCAACAGACGGGCGGUGCCGCAAUUCCCCUCCAGCACCUGCCGGAAGCGCCCAUCGCCAUUGCUCCAAUGACUGCACCUCUUGUGCCGACCCUCGUUCAGUACCCCCCUGGUCUCCAGCCUUUCAUGCAGCCCCAGGUGGUCCAUGGUACCGCUAUUCCUGUCCCCAACCCAGCGGGAGGUCAGCCGGUCUAUGGCCAAGUGCCUCCACAGGCCAUCACAGGUAACGCUCCUCCGAUGGGUGCAGCACCUGUUCCGAAUGUGCAUUUUGAGGCCGCCAUGGGUGUCGGCUUGACGGGCAGCCAGGUGGCGAUGAGAAUUGAUCAGUGGGCUUAUAAUACCAAUAUCGACGAGCCACAGGACUUCAAACCCGCUGACGACAACGCGCUCCGCGAAUACCGGGUCCGCGAGGCUGACGGCAGCUGGUCUGUCAAGAACCGAAUGACGAUUGACGACCUUGGAGACUGUCGCUGGUACAUUGACAACCACGGCAUCUUCUACGCUGUCCGCUCGGGACUGUGA